AUGAUGGACCCGGAGCUCAAUAGUGUUGUGGACCAGCAGAAGCGCUCCGUGCAGGAUGUCCUCGGUGCGCAGAAGGUGCACAUCCGCGUGCAGCAGCGGAAGGGCAAGAAGUUCGUGACGUCCGUGCAGGGCCUCAACCCGGCGCUGAACUUUCGCCGCAUCAACCGCGAGUUUCAGCGGCGCUGGGGUUGCAACGGCACCGUCAUCACGACGCCCGACGCCGGCACCGUCAUCCAGCUGCAGGGCAACUGGAGUGAGGACAUUAAGAAGUUCCUGCUCCACGAGAACAUGGCGACGGAGCAGAAUUUAGAGAUCCACUCGCUCAAUUAA